AGGCCAUUCAUGCCAUUUUGGUUUACAGCCAAAGUGUAGAAGAACUUUUGAGACGCAAAAAAGUCUGUCGAGACGUGAUUUUUAAGUAUUUGGCAGCCCAAGGAAUUCCAGUGCCUCCUUCCUCUGAGAAACAUCUACUCAUUGAUCGUGUAAAGCAGUACUGGAGUGGGAAGCUCACGACAUGUACCUCAGAGUCAGGGGAGAGAAAACCACACACAGGGACUCAUGAAGAGAGACAAAAGUCACCAGAAGAUGACAUUCAUGAUCUAGGAGAAGAAUUCUGUCAGUGGUUCUUUGCACUUCUGAAUUCUCAACAUCCCUUGGGAGUAAAAUCUGAAGAGAGAUGGGGACCACAGCAUUUUUGGGAGGAUGCCAAAAUGAAGUUCUGUUACAACACAUUAGAAAAAAACGUUGAAGAAUAUGUUGGUGCAGAAAUGGUCAGCCUUCGUCUGCUCUCGCUGGUUAAAGACGAGUAUCUUCUGUUCAACCCUAAUUUGCACACUGAUGCACUGAAGUGUGCCAUGUCUCGACAUGGGCUAGUACUGGUAGCAGUGGCUGGCACAGUACAUAGAGACAAUGCUUGUUUGGGCAUCUUCGAACUAGUUUUUGGACUCAUUAGCUGUCCCAUUAGGGAGAAUACAUGGAAAAUAAAAGUUGUGAAUCUUAAGAUAGUUGGACAGGGUGCACUAGAGCCUGGGAUGCACAUUGAAAAACCCUCCAUAAAGUAUGAGUCAACCCAACUGCAAGAGUUUUAUGAUGGGAAAGAACUGACUGUGUUUGAACCUCAAAACCUGAGCAAUCCUUUUCACAACUGA